UAUUCAUGGCUUGUAUGGAAUCUAAACUACACUUAGACGUUGAAAAACUUGAUCCUUAUUACUGAAUUUCUGUGGGUUUCUUGUUUUGGCCUAAUGGAUGAGAAUUCAGGCUACGAACCACUUAUUUUGAAAGAGGAGGGUGCCAAAAAGAAAUCUUUGUGGGUUUCAUUAGCAAAAUGGAUUCUCGGAGUGGCGAUGUGGAUAAUUUUCUCUGCCUGGGCUGCUUUUAUCUUUCUGUAUCCAUCUGAUUACGGUACUCAUUUGUAUGAGAAGUGGAGUCGAGCUACCAAUGGAACUCUAUUCGGCGAAGCAGGAAGCAUAUUUCUGCUUUUCAGUGGCCCUAUCCUCCUCAUUGCGUUUUUGGCCACUGCUUAUCUCAUCAUCUCUGGGAAAGAGGAAAUUCAUGAGACGAAAACUUCAAGAUAUCCACGUUUCCGUUUGUGGACAUUCCCUGUUCUCGUUGAUGGACCAUUUGGUGUUGUUUCAGCCGCAGAGUUAAUUGGAAUCAUACUCUUUACUGCAUACAUCAUCUGGGCAGUUUCUGUUGAAUCCAUCAAGAACUGGAAUAUUGUAUCUUCCUUUUCUCAUAAUCUGCCUUCUAAAGAACAAAGUGCAUUGAUGCUGGAGCUCACAGGCCUCAGGUUGGGGUUGAUUGGAUUAUUUUGCUUGGCCUUUUUGUUUCUGCCUAUUGCUAGGGGAUAAGUUCUUCU